AUGAGCGCAACAGCAGCAGCAGCUGCGGCACCUGCAGCUGCUGCUGCACAGCAGCAGCAGGAUAGGCGCAGAAGACAUGCAGGCUCGUUGGGGGUUUGCUUCGUGUUUCUCUUUUGCUGCUUUUUUGCAUGGAUAGGACCCCUGGGAGCAGCAGCAGCAGCAGCAGCAGCAGCAGAUGUAGGGAAAGCAGAAGCUGCUGCAUCAGCAGCAACAGCUGCACCACCACAAUCAGCAGAAGAUGUAGGGGAAGCGGAAGCUGCAGUAACAGCAGCAGCAGCAGCUGCUGAAGCAGCAGCAGCAGCAGCUGCUGAAGCAGCAGCAGCAGCAACAGCAGCACCACCAAUAGCUGAUAUAUAUAGGGAAACUGUCUAUACAGAGCCGCUGAGGGCUCGCGGCCUCUUCCUUGCUCACUUUGAUAUACGUCUUAGGACUGCAAUGAUCGGAGAUGCGUUAUCUGGAUCUGAGGCUCAUACGAAUAUGUUUCCUUUGGGUAUAACACGUCUACUGAAUGCGCAUCUUCGUCAGCAGCAGCGCAGCAGUUUGCUGCACCCUUCUCCCUUACCGCAGCAGCAGCAGCAGCAGCAGCACGUGCUACCGCAUGCAUAUUCCUUUAUUGAUUUAUCCUUAACACAAGGAAGAUGGCAAACUUCCUUAUGGGGACCUGCUGCUGCUGCUGCACACCCACCAGGCAUCGUGCUGCGCGCAGGACUAUCACAGCACCCUGCUUACUCACAGCAAAGGCUGUGGAAUUAUUUAGUGUAUACCCUUUCGGGUUUAAGUUGCAGCGGUUUGAAAAUCCUUGCCUAUGCAACAGAUGUGGCUAUAACGGAGCCCAAUGCAGCAGCAGCAGCAGCAGCAGCAGCAGCAGCAGCAGCAGAGCAGCAGCAGCAGCAGCAACAGCAACAGCAGCAGCAGGAUUAUAUACAGAGGAUUGGUUCUUUGCCUAAUAUAAUGAUUUGUACAGAUACACACAACAACCUUAUGCGGCUGUUUCCUUGCAAUCAGCAUGCUGGGUUGCUGGCGUUGCUGCACCCAUAUUCCCUCGCAAUAUCUCCCUACAAAUCGUAUCGUCUUCGGAUCAGCCCAUUUGCCCUGCAGCAGCAGCAGCAACAGCAGCAGCAGCAGCAGCACCCGCAGCAGCAACAGCAGCAGCAACAGCAGCAGCAACAGCAGCAACUCGUUGCUGAAAUGCGGCUUGAGCUUUCUGUAGUGCUGCAGUUUCCCGAGAAUCCAAAGCUUGGUUUAUCUCUAGUAAAUCUAUUUAGCCACGUAUACCUGCAUGUACACCCGAAACCCUUUGAUCCAUCAGGAGACUUGCUGCAGCAGCAGCAGCAGCAGUUCGACCUUGAUGAGGAGCAGCAGGAAAUUGUGCGGCUGCAGAAUCCUCCAAACUUUGGCCGUUGGUAUUGUGUAGCAGCAAACAGCAGCAAAUGGAUGGUACGCAUAUUCCAUGAUACAGACAGCAGCAGCAGCAGCAGCAGCAGCAGCAGCAGCAGCAGCAGCAGCAAGAGCAGCAGGGCAGCUGAGAAGGCGCAGCAACUUGCUGCAGCUGCGGGCUUUUCUACAUAUGAUCUAUACGAUGUAGAUGAACAUUCAUCUCUUAUAAUUUUAGAUCUGCUGCAGCAGCAGGAGUAUGAGGAGCAGCAAGAACAGCAGCAGCAGCAGCAACAGCAGCAGCAGCAGCGAAUGGACGAAUGGCUUGGAUACAGGUGGCGCCUACCUGAGGAGCCAAAGGGUUUCUCCUUCUCCCGAGGGUUUUCUGCAAACCCUCACAAGCCAUACACAGACACCCUACAUGGGACGUACUGGGUAUCCUUUGAAAAUGCACGAGACACUGCAGCAACUGCUGCUGUUGUUGAUUUGCUGCCUCCUAGCACUCUGCCGCUAGUUGCUGCAGCACAGCUGGUUGCACAGCCACUAGAGCAGCAGCAGCAGCAGCAGCAGCAGCAGCAGCAGCAGCAGGAGUGUGCACUGAACCUGGAGGGGCCUUCGGCGCUGCAAGCCUCCGGCCUGCUGCUGCAUUCACCAUUGACCUGGGAAGAAGCAGCAGCAGCAGCAGAAGCAGGUGCUGCUGUACCUGGAGCAGGUGGUGUCAUGGGGGGAUCAGCAUUAGCUGCUGAUGUUGCUGCUGCUGUUGCUGCUGCUGCUGCUGGCGAGGUAUAUUCACCAUCAGAGGAUUGGUGGAUGCCUCCCUGGUUGCGGGUACGAUCUAGCUUGCUGCAGGACUCAUUAGCAGCAGCAGCAGAGAAGCAGAAAGAAGGAGCGCAGCUGCUGCUUCCUUCUGCCGUCCUGCGCGGCACCGUCAGGGUACCACCACGCUGCAAGCUGCUGCUGACGAUGGGGUUGCGGCUGCUGCUGCAGCAGCCGCAGGUGCUGCGCCCCAAUCCGCAGGGCGGCAUCUCUGUAGGCAGCGCAUAUGCUGCUGUUCAGAAAGAGGAAGGAUUUCUUUGGCCUCCUGCUGCUGCAGUCCUCAGCAGCAAAGCAACUGCAUGCAGCGUAGACCAAAGUCCUCCUUGCAGCGCUCGGCCUCUGAAUACUGCAGCAGCAGCAGCAGCAGCGGAAACAGCAGCAGCAGCAGAUCAGCAGCUGCAGGACUACAGCGAUGAUUUCUCGGGGUUUGCUGAGGAGACCGAGGAGAGGGAAUGGGAAUGGAGGGCAACUUUAGGCGCUCGAAUUAGGAUGCCGCUACCGGACUUCGGUAAACUGCCACAGCAGCAGCAGCAGCAGCAGCAGCAGCAGCCGCAGCAGCAGUAG